CUUCUUCAGUGAGACUCGGUGGUAGAUUCAGUGAGGAGCAGUUCGAUAGUUAUCACUCCGUUUCCACAUUCAUUUUCUUCACGGCUUGUUUUUAAGAGCAGCUGAGGCAAAAGUUGGCCAUGGAUUUCCUGUGGUUGUUGUUUAUCUUGCUGAGCGCCUGGUGCUCGUCAGCCGAGCGGCACAGCGUCUACUGGAACAGCACAAACCCGAACUUCCUGUGGGACGAAUACACAGUGCAAGUGCGCAUUAACGACUACCUGGACAUCAUCUGCCCCCACUACAAGCGCGGGGAGAUCCCGUCCCAGGAGGCCGAGCGCUACGUCCUCUACAUGGUGGAGCUGGAGGACUACGAGGCCUGCAAGCCGCACUCGUUCGACCAGCUGCGCUGGGAGUGCUCCAGACCCUUCGCCGCUCAUGCACCGGAGAAGUUCUCCGAAAAGUUCCAGCGCUUCACGCCCUUCACUCUUGGCAAGGAGUUCCGCCAGGGAGAGAGCUACUACUACAUCUCCAAGCCUCUUCACCACCACGGGCAGGAGUGCUUGCGGCUAAAGGUCGACGUGGUCGGACCUCACAGCUCUAAGAACCACAAGAAGACGGCGGUGAAAGAGGAGGAGACGGAGGGUGGAAAGAACGAGCGGACGGGUGCGGGAGGAGUGCACAACCCAUCAAACAGGCUUCCAGCAGACGACCCCGCUGCGAUGAUCCCAGUUGUUCAGAGGAGCGUGGGCAGUUCAUCCGUAUCCGUCUCUUCAGUUUCUCUCUUCGUCACGUUGCUUCCCGUCUUCCUCGCCCUGCUCUUACUCAGAGACUGAGGACUUUGUUGACAGCGGUCCAGCUGGAUCUCCUGUUAAACUGACUUUAACGCCAGUGCUGGUCGCUGGCUUUGAAAAUACUUUUUAUACGAAGAUUUUUUUAUAUGUGAUCUGAAGUUGGUGUGCAAGUUCCUGCGUGAAGUGCUUGUGUUUGUGACCUUCGGAGACAAGAAUUUCUGGAAGAUUUUUUCUCUACGGAAGAACAGUAUUACCUACCAACUUUUCCUGUUUACCAUGUUGUUCUACUCUGCUCCUGUAGCCUGUGUUUGAUUUUUU